AUGGUGGUUCCAGAAACACUUGCAACAACAACCUCAACAACGCGACACAGCGUAGCUAGCAAUGCGUCAGGCAACACUGUAUUGAAUCACAAUGGGGGUCGACAUCUUGAAAUUGCUGCCAUUGAGUCUACAUUUAUGGUGCACGAAUACAAUCGCAAGAAGCGUAAAUGGGUCAAAAAAGCGAGAACUGUGUUCAAUGUGAUUGUGGAAGAUAUGAAUGAUAGUCGUUCCUUGGUGCGUUAUAUUAAUGAUUUCAUUGAAUUUGACAAGAGGAUCAAAGCGCAUUACCGAAAAUGUCGUAUUCCGCUACCACCACUCGUCGAACCACAGCUGUACGAUCAACGCUCUUCAUCUCCACGACGUAAUAACGGUGGGAUUACAGCAUUCUUGUCACGUUUAUCAAGCCUAAGAUACACCAAAAGCAACUCACAAAAGAUCGAAUCCUAUUUACGACGAUGUGCUCUUCAUCCAACGGUGGGUCGAUCCAGCUUGUUAAGAGAUUUCUUGUCGGCACAAAGGAACGAGGAUAGGAUAUUACCAUUGCACAGCAUCUUGGAGGAAAUUCAAGCGGAUCAUCAAGAGAAUCAACGUCGAAUGUCUCAAGAACAGCAGCAGCACGUGUCAUCAUCAUCAUGUCAUCCACGCACUAUUCCCGAUCAUCUCAUUCCACCAGCAACAGAAAAGCACUAUUCAUCUUCAGUGAUCAUUCAUGACGACGACGAUGAUGAGGAUGAUCGUAUAUCCAACAUGUCCAUUAUGACAACACCCGUUGAACAACCACAACAACAACAAUCAUCACAAGAGGAGGAAAAGAUUUGUAUCCAUGACUUUAGUCUCAUCAAGGUGCUUGGUGGUGGAUGUAUGGGAAAGGUGUUCUUGGUGAGACGACCCCAAUCAAGCAAAUUGCUGGCACUAAAAGCAAUUCCCAAGCCGAUGGUGUUUGUUCAUAGCCAGAUUGAGCACGCAAAAACAGAACGCCAUAUCCUAACGAAAUUGGGUCAGGCACGACAUCCAUUCCUAGUACGGCUACGUUACGCAUUCCAAGAUCCAAAGUUCUUGUUCCUGGCUUUUGAUUUUCAUGCAGGCGGUGAUUUGGCUACACAACUCAAACUCCACACACGCUUUUCACCUGAACGAUGUCGACUCUAUGCAGCUGAAAUCUUGCUUGGAUUACAAGAGCUUCAUAGAUGGGGUAUUCUCUAUCGUGAUCUUAAACCGGAGAACAUCCUAAUUGCAGCCGAUGGCCAUGUUGUAUUGACCGACUUUGGGUUGUCAAAAUGGUUUUAUGACGAUGAAGAAGAAAGGACGGAUACAAUGUGUGGCACGCCUGAGUACCUUGCACCUGAAGUCUUGUUGAGUGAAAAGUACUCUUAUGAAGUUGAUUAUUGGAGCUUUGGCACGAUUCUUUAUGAAAUGAUUGAUGGCUAUCCACCCUUUUACGACGACAAUCAAGAAAACAUGUAUAUGCGCAUUCUCUCUGCACCACUCGAAUUCCAUCGCCCUUAUUUUGAUUCACUCUCCAAGGAUUUGUUACGUGGUUUACUUCAACGCAAUCCUGCAUAUCGACUUGGAUCGGGACCUGAUGGUCAACGUGCUAUCCGUAGCCAUCGUUACUUUGCUCCACUCGAUUGGUCAAGUGUCUAUGAUAAACGAUAUCGACCCUCGCAUGUGCCGGAUCUCAAGACAACCGCUGAUUGCUCACACUUUGACCCCGACUAUGUCCAACAAUCACCACGACUCAGUGCACAACCCUCUGUGAACAAUAGCAGCUUCAUCACAUCAGCCUUUGAAGGCUAUUCUUAUAUCAACGACAUGGAAUCGACAGCAACCACUUCAUCCAUCAUGUCAUUUUCAUCAGUAUCCUAUAUGAGUAUCGAGGAAGAAACACCCUCUUUUCUUUUGGAUGGGGCUGCUGCUGCUGCUGCUGCUGCUUCGUCAUCAUCAUCAUCACUCGCAGCCAGUUUAAGCAAGAGUCUGCAGGACAGCAACUUGACCGAUCCACAUCCACCAGCAUUGCAUGAACAACAAGCCAAUAGCAGUAGUUGUUUCUGGUACAAUGAUAGUGAAGUCGUGCAAUAUGAUUUGGCCCCUGAAAGCGAUGACAUUAUCCUUUCAUCAGUAACAACAUCCUCAUCCGCUGCUGGUGCAUUACAACCUGCCUCUGUAUUCCCGCCUGCAAGAGGCUAUUAUUAUCAUGGUGGUGGUGGUGCAUCCGCUUUGUUCUCCGUGGAUGAAUACAGCGAAGAUAGCGGUAGUGAUUAUGAUCAUCAUCCUUCAUCGACAUCUUUAAAAAUGCAACAACAACAACAACGGCUAAAAAUGAUGCCUGGCGGUGGACUUUCUCGUCAUUAUGGUGCACGUCAAAUCAACAAUGUCUCCCUCUAA